UGCGUAUGUGACUCAGCGGAAAUCGUCAAAUGACGUACGCAGCAUCCCUUCGAGCGGGACUUGGCGAUCACUGAAACAGAAAGUUUUGUGAUUUUCUCAAAUAACUGCGCUUUGUUCACGAAGCAUGGAUCGUCAUAUUGAAACGGAUUUACCACCUGCCCUAGCAUGUCUAAAUAAUGUUGAUGCCCUGCUUCGGUGUCCCAUCUGCUUUGACUUCCUGAAUAUUACAAUGAUGACUAAAUGUUCUCACAACUUUUGUUCCUUGUGCAUCAGAAAAUUUCUUUCUUUUAAGUUACAGUGUCCAGUUUGCAAUACACAAGCAACGGAAGGGGAUCUGAUAAACAACCGUUUACUGGAUGACUUAGUGGCAAACUUUCAAGUUGCAAGGCAGCAGUUGUCAAAAGCAACGUUUGACUCUCCUCCAAUAUCACCCAAGACCCCAGCCUCAGCUGUCAAAUGCAGAACUCCCAGAGAGAGGGGCCACAAGUAUAACAGCUCUGUUUUGAGUCACUUUUUCCAAAAGAUUCCUAAAACAUCUCCCACUAAAGAAACCCAGCGAGAUGCCUGUGCUGCUCAGUGUGUUCAGCGGGAAAAAAUACAGACUGCACGCAUCCACAAUGCAAAUCAAGUCGACCUACAUUCAGCAGCCACUCAACUUCCAGUGGUUGUAAAGGAAGAGCCGAUGGAGGAGGUGUCUCUCCAGAGUCUGAUUUCAGUCAAACAGGAGGACACGGAAUCGCAUAGUAUCAGCACUGAGGUUGAGAUGGCUCAUUCCUCGUCACCAUCAAAAGAUGUAAAGCCCCUAAUCAAAGUGGAGUGCCCUGUGUGUUCUGUAAGUGUGUCACAGCAGUUUAUCAACAAGCAUCUGGACACGUGUCUAACCAGAGGGGAGAAGAAGGAAAGCUUGAGGAGCUCUCUUGGCAAGGCAAGGCGCCCAAUGGGGAAGGUGGUGUACAACCUGCUUUCCCUGCAGGAGCUGAAGAGGAGGCUGAAGGAAUGCCAUCUCUCAAUGCAGGGUUCUCGAGACCAGUUGAUAAAAAGACACCAGGAAUUUGUCCACAUGUACAAUGCUCAGUGUGACUCCCUAAACCCAAAAUCAGGUGAAGAUAUUGCCAAAGAGGUGGAGGCCAAUGAGAAGAUCAGGAAUCAACUGCAGGGAAAAGCCAAACCUGUCAUGGUUUUCUCAAAGAAUCAGUCAGAGAAGGAGAUUGAUGAGAUGCAUUCAAAUUACAGGAAGCAGCACAGCAGCGACUUUUCCCGCCUGAUUGCACAGGUUCGUGGUCGCCUAGAGACCAAAAGACAGACUUGUAUCAAACAGGAAGUCAUUGUGGAGGGAGACAAUGCUCCAAAUACACAUUCUGCAGAUCAAGUUGCAGAAUCAAGAAGCUGCUUAGUGAUGAAGCAAGAAGACGGAGAGGCUGACGAGGAGCCAUCUGCUAGAAGGAUUGACUUGUCACCCAGCCCCACUUAUAGUGACGUGUCUAUCAGCAGCUCUAUUUCAGACAUCUUUGGUCCAGAGCCUGACAGAACAUUUGAAGUUCAUGAGACCCAAGAACUUCCCAGAUCUGUGAUACUACAUAUUAGAGAAAUCAGCAGAGGUCUCUGGAUAAUCUGCUCUGAUGCUAUUGAAAAUGCCUGAAAAAACAGAAACCCACCACAUCAUUAGAAAUCACAUCAGAGUGCUGGGACAUCUGCCUGAAGACAUCUCUUAGCCACUCCCAGUUCCAGUUCCAGUUCGCAGCUCACAGUGACUGGAAUGACUUUCAAAAGCCUCUGGAAUUGGACAAUUACAUUUCUAUGACUGUCUCCCAGGUGUCUGUCUCAGAGACGUCUUCUGGCAUCAGUGCAACAGUUUCUCAGCAAAGAUGCCACAGCUCUGCAUUGCUGUUUUUCAUCUGUUAAAGUUUCUCUUUUCCCUUUUCCCUCCUGCUAUUACAUCAACAUGAUUUGACUCUUUGCUGGCUGUCAGAACCUCUUCUUAAUGUAUUUGCCUGGUAUUAUGCAAAGGUUAAGUAGCAAUAGAUAGGUUAAAUCUAAAUAAAUAUUGGGAGAGCCAGCAGGAAAUUGAAAACACCAGACCAAUCAUGCAUGCCCUCCAGUGCUGAACCCUGUCUGAAUUUCAUGGGAUGAUUGUUGUCCUUCAGUUCCACUAACUUAUAGGACCAGCGUCAACGGUUAUGUAUCAAGGUAACAUUAGAAAUAAACUAUUUGGGGAAAAAAAUACCUCUAAAAUUGCUGAAUUUUUUAAGAAUUAUUAUUUAUUACUGGCAAUAGCUGAUAACCAGUGACACUGUGGUUUUUUUUAUAUUUGACUUGUCAAAGACACCUGCAGUCACACGUGACUUUCUCUGAGCUCCUGCCUCGACAUUAGUCAGGCACAGUGGACACUGCUACACAUGAUAACAACGCAGUUAUUCUUAUUUAUUCAGAACUAACUGAUUUUGCAGUGUCCACUGCUUCCUGUGCUUCCUGUGAAGCUAUUUUUUCAGUUCACAGUGAAUGUAAAAUUUUAAGAGCUCAGGUGAAAUACUAUGUAUUACUGCAUUAGUCAUCAAAUGAGGGGAGCAUAACAAUGACAAUCCCGUAAGAAUGUCAGUUCCUCUUGUUCUGCUAGUUAAACUGUACCUGAAUGUUAGGACUCUGUGUGGUGCACACAGGGAAAUUUAACAGCUUAUUUAGCGUGUUUUCAAGAGUUAAAAAUGGAGAGAUUCAGGUGGUAUGAUGUGUGGAUUUCCAGAGUAAGAUUCGAAUUUUACAGAAACAGAAAACAUUUGAAGUGUGAAAACAUGAAAUAUCUUUGAAGACAUGUGCUUUGUUCCAGCGUGUGUGUGUCUCGUUAAAUGUGAGAGAAACAAUUCCUUCUGGUCUCCAGUGGAUGUUUUUUACGGGUUCCCUUCUUUGUACUUGUCCUCCCAGUGCCUCUGUUUGUUUUUCAUACAUUCUCCAGCAGCGUAAUCCCCAUCACAUUAUUGUAGGGAUAAAGACCUGUGGUGAAGCAUGCUACGCCUACCGAUGUGUCCUUACAGAGGGCACUAUUUGAUUUGCCUUCUUCUCCUCUGCCAAUAUGCCACAAACAAGUGAAUUUGUUAUUGUUGCGACAGGGUGCAGGAGGGAUUCGUCUGUGGUGCUGCUGUGGUGAGAUUCAUAAGAACAAUAAAACUCCACAGGACGUUUCCAUUUCAGGAGGGCUUCAAUAAACCAGUAAUUUGAUUUAAGAAACAAAAA